AUUUUCCGAACAAUCAUGUUUUCUCUAAGCAAAUUUCACCUGUGCGCAAAAUGACACGCGAAUGAAAAGCCAUUUUCAAAAUCGUCGCGGAAUUUUCCAGGAUUUUCCCAACACACACGCCGACUUCAGUUGUCGUUUAACAUCUAACCUGCCGCGUGAAAAAUUCGGGAAAGCGUUUUUCCCUUUGGUGCUGGUUGUGUUUCUCGUGGGUUUUUCCAGUUUUUGUUUGGUGAAAUUUUCUUAAGACAUACAGCAUGACAGUGGGUUUGAGGAUAAACAAGACGCUGAUGGUGAUCGACGUUUUUAAAAUAGAUUUGUGAACCGUAAAAAGUGAUAUAAUAUGUCUAUUGGGAGUACAAAACGAAGAGAAGAAGAUGAAGACAGCGAAUUACCCCCUCCUCCGGACGGUGGGUGGGGUUGGAUGGUUGUUUUUGGUUCAUUUAUGAUACACGUUAUUACUGAUGGAGUCACCUACUGUUUCGGCAUAUUUUACGACGAAUUUUUAGAUUAUUUUAAAGAAGGAAAAGGCAUCACGUCAUGGAUUUUAUCUAUUUUGGUUGGAAUUACCCUUUGUUCAGGUCCUCUAUCCAGCUACUUCGUGAACCGAUACGGUUGCAGAGCGGUGACCAUAGCGGGUUCCCUAAUAGCUUCCGUCUGUUUGGUAUCCUCUUUUUGGGCGCGCAACGUGCUGACACUAUGUCUAACGGUAGGCGUAGGUACCGGGAUGGGUUUUGGGCUCAUCUACCUACCGGCCAUAGUUAGCGUAACCACCUACUUCGAGAAAAAGAGAUCUCUAGCUACCGGUAUCGCCGUAUGCGGUUCAGGGUUCGGAACCUUCAUUUUCGCACCGAUAAUCUCGAAAUUGCUAGCCGAAUACGGAUGGAGGGGAUCGAUAGUGAUCAUCGGCGGGGUAAUUCUGGAAUGUAUACUGUUCGGCGCGUUGUUCAGGCCUUUGGAACCAGUCGCCAGUACCAGAAGCAUCAAGGGGAAGGAGUUGAAGGCAUCAGAAGCACAAGCCGAUCUUCAUAUUUCGGACCAUGACGUGCAUCAGCUAACCACCAGUUUGGUUCACGACAACGGUGGGUACGGUACCAUAAACGGCAACAUGCACCGACCGCACAGCGUAGCGCACUUCACCAUGCCCAAAAGCACCAAAUACGGACCGAACGGAAACGUACCAUCGACGGGAAAAUUCGCGCAAAACGAUAUGGCCAGGCUGGCGUUGAGCCAACCCAUGUUGACCCAAUCGGAGAACAGAUACAGACACCACUACCAAUUCGGCAGCCAGGGUUGGAGACGGCAUGGACCUUUAGACAGGCCCGAUAUUUUCUACCAGGGGAGUUUGAUGAAUAUACCGUCGUACAGAUCGAAACUGAGUUUGAAGAGAGGAGAAGAAGGCGAAUUCAUGGAACGCAGACCUACUAUCGAGAGCAUGAGACGCGAAGGAACAGCACCGAAAAAAGUUUGCGGAUGUCUUCCUUGCAGCGGCGAGAUUCGCGAAAUGUUAGACUGUUCUCUCUUCCGCGACAUAAUCUUUAUCAUUUUUUCACUGAGCAACCUCUUGACCAGUAUCGGAUUCAAUGUGCCCUACGUGUACCUGGUGCCCAAAGCGAAGGACUUGGGGAUGACCAUAGAGAAGGCUGGCCUGCUCAUAUCGGUCAUCGGAGGUGCUAAUACCGUGGGGAGGAUCAUUUUGGGGUACAUUUCCGAUAAACCCUGGAUAAAUAGGCUGUAUAUCUAUAACUGGAGUCUUACCAUUUGUGGACUUGCGACUUUGAUUAGUGCCUUCUGUAGUAGCUUUUACACAUUGGCGAUCUACAGCGCCGUUUUCGGCUUCACGGCCGGCGCCUACGUCGGUCUCACUUCUGUCAUUCUGGUCGACCUUUUGGGCCUAGAAAGGUUGACCAACGCCUUCGGACUGCUUCUGCUCUUCCAAGGGAUCGCGUCCUUAGUGGGGCCACCCAUCGCAGGUAGUCUUUUCGACGUGACUGGUUCAUACAAUCCAGGAUUCAUUCUCGCAGGAACGGCGAUAGGACUGAGCGGGAUUAUCCUAUUUUUAAUUCCUCCUGUCCAAAGGUGGCAAGCCAAAAAGAAUCAAAAGUUAAAGGAAAUAAACAACAUUAGUUUGUAGCAGCGCUGGGGAUUCUUGUCCCACAAUUUAUAAUACAAAAUACAAUUUUUUUAUCGAUUUUAGUUACAGAGUGUAUCAGAAACGUAUUAUUAUUAAUUAUUAUUAUAAUUAUAACAAAAUUCGAAAUUUAUUUGUUUGUUCUUUGGUGGUUUUGGCUCUAUAUUGAUACUCUGUACUUAGUAGGAAUAUUUUUAUUUUCUGGACAUAUCAGUAUAUAGUGUCGAACUGUGACAAUGGCGUGCCAUACUAAUGUCAGGGUAAAAGGUGUCUUGCCCUCUUAGAUGUAUAUAUUUUUACUAUAUUAUUCAAUUUUAUAUAAAUCUUCCACAAAUUAGGUUUAAUAAAAAUAUCGCUCCGAAAUGUCAUUUUUUGACAAGAAUGACAGAUUUUCUCCGUUCUGUCAUACCUGUUUUUGCCAAAUAGGUACCUUUAUUUCCUAUAUUUUUGCAAUAAAAUAAAAAAUUAGGAUACGUAAUUAUACUCAUUACAGAGCCUGCGAAUUUUAUUAACAAUUUCGAUUUUUGUAUAUUUUGAUUAUAUUAAUUAAAUAUUUCAUUUUAUACUGAUGAUGUAUAUGGAUUUUAUGCACUUAUGUGAUUUCAUGCAAUGUAUUUUUUUGGAUUCUUCUGUGUAGGGCAAUCCAAAAUUUUUUCCUGUGAGGUAUGUAUAGCUGCAGAAAUAAGUUUACAACAUACAGAGUUACCAAAUUUGACUCGAUUGGGUUGCUCUACAAGAGAUAGAAUGUAAGUAAUUUUUUUCUGAAGAAAAUGGACAGUAAGAUAAGUGAAGUCUCCUAAUUUGUAAGAAAACGUUUUUAUGACCAAAAAAAUUUAUCAAAGUAAACUACUGAUACUGCUUUCUUCUAUUCUAGUAUCUCUCUUUAUAUUGUACUGUUUGUAAUAAAAUAAAACUUUGUUAAUCUUU